AUGGGUAUCAGCGGGCUCUGGGAAGAAGUGUCGGCGGCGUUCCGGCCGCGGGUGACGCUCGAGCGGUUCGUCGUCGACUUCCUCGCCGCACACGGGCGCCCGCCCACGGUGGCGGUGGACGCGUUCAUCUUUCUCCAGGGCAGCGGCGCCGUCCGCAACAUCUUGAUCAAGAUGAUGAACUUGGUGGCGCUCAAAGUCGGGGUGGUGGUGGUGUUUGACGGGCGCUUCAAGCCGGCCAAGCUCCGCAACGAGGGCAGCCCCAUCCCCGACUGGCAGGCGGAGCACGCGGCGUUCAGCCAGCUGACCGAGGACGACUGGGAGGAGGACCUGAGCAGCGUCCGCCAGCUCAAAGCGCAUUUUCGGCAGUUUGGCAUCGACUACUUCCAGGCGCCGGGCGAAGCUGAGGCCCAGUGCGCCCUAUUCCAGAAAUGGGGGGUCGUCGACUACGUCGUCACCAACGACCUGGACGUGUUCGUGUUUGGCGCUACCAAAGUGCUCCGCAACUUCAACAAGUACCCCGCCGACAUCAUGGGCAACUCGCCGCACAAUCUCCACAAGGUCGGCGCCUCCAAGCACUACUGGGUGACGCCGGUGCACAUGGACGAUAUCGAGGCCCAGUUUGGCCUCACGCGGGACAGACUAGUGUUUCUCGCCUCGCUCAGAGGCGGCGACUACUCGCUGGGGGUGACCCAGAUCGGCAUCAAAAACGCGUUGCGCUUGGCUGUCUGCGGCUCAGAGGCCCACACCAAGUUGGUGACCACCACUGCUGCCUUGGCCAAGGACAAAAAGGCUCAAGGAGACGUCGACUUGGACGACGUGGCUACCCUCGCUCGCGCCUGUUUUGGCGACCGCAGCCCCACCAAGCUCUUCCACAACCAGCUGUGGCCCCAGGUGGACCACGACAUGAUCGACACCGUCGACCGCUUGGUGGCGACAAUGGUGGGCCGCUAUAACCGCCGGGUGUUUGGCCGCUUGGUUAAAGCGGCCGCUGACAUCGUGCUUGACUGCGACUUGUACCGCUUGUACUUGGCGCCGAUCGUCGCCCCCGGGUUGUACCGGUUUGACACCAGCACCGUGUCUGGCUGCGACUGCGAUACGCUCAGAUUGCCCCAGGGGAUGGUGGUCACCGAGCCCGGCGGCGAGAUCAUCCCCCGCUACCACCGCGAUCGGCGCAUCGGCGACACCUACGUCGAGUACAGCACUGACAACCGCAUAUGCCACCAGGAGUUCUCGGGCGAGAACACUCACCCCUGCCGCGUGUCCAUCGGGAAUGGGUACUGGCUCACGGUGAAGCUCACGGUGCUCUUGUGCAUCAUCCACUGCCACGAGUUGGCUGUCGACUUGUCCGGGUUCUCCGUACAAGCGGAGACGACGAUGGAAGGGGUCCACAUGCACUGCGUGGUGUACGACGCUCCCAUGUUGCUUGAGCGAUUCCCUGAGGCCAGCGAGAACCGGACGAAGAAACGACCAGCUACACCGGAUAACCACGUCUAUAUCCCGCUGGCGCUCCUCGACCACUUCGCCCCGCACCUAGCGGAAGCCUACCAGCACCAGCUUAAGGCGCAAGAGCGCAAGCGCAGCCCGUUCAAGACUUUGGACUCGUUCAACAUGUGCACGCCCAAACCGCAGACGCCGCCGCCGUCGCUGCCGCCUCGCAAGCGCAAAAAGACCACCACGAAGAAGCCCGCCAAACUCCAGAUUGGUCAGCAGAGCAUCGACUCGUUUUUUUUAGGCCGGGGUAACUCGCCGACCGCUCCAGGAGCGCCGCGGCAGUUCCGGCUCAACACGCCGCCCGUGCUCGAGGCCCCCUCGUCCUCGCAGCGCCGGUCGCCGUGCUGGGACAGUCUGCCGAUUCUCCGGGGCCACCGGCCGCCGCCUGAGCUCGGCGAGAUCAAAAUACCCUUACUUUCCGUGCCUUUACUCCACCACGACGACAGCGACGACCCCUGGCUCCAACUCCGGUCGCCGCUGUACACCCAGGACAGCGAAGUGCUGCUGGUGUCAUAG